AAGCGGUGAGUGAGUGCUCGAGCCUUGCGGGUGGCGGCGGCUGCGCGGGGCUGGGGAGCCCGAAGGGCCCGGCGACCCGGGUCGGGCGGGGAGUCGCCAUGGCCGGGAGUCAAGACAUGUUCGACGCCAUCGUGAUGGCGGACGAGAGGUUUCAUGGGGAAGGAUAUCAGGAAGGCUAUGAAGAAGGCAACAGUUUGGGUAUAAUUGAAGGAAGACAGUAUGGCACGUUACAUGGAGCCAAAAUUGGAUCUGAGAUUGGGUGCUAUCAAGGCUUUGCUUUUGCUUGGAGAUGUCUCCUGCACAGUUGUACCACUGAGAAAGACAGCAAAAAGAUGAAGGCCUUAGAAUCGUUGAUUGGAAUGAUUGAGAAGUUCCCUUACGAUGACCCUACUUACGCUAAACUUCACGAGGACUUAGACAAAAUUAGAGGGAAAUUUAAACAGCUUUGUUCAUUACUAAAUGUUCAGCCGGACUUUAAAAUUAGUGCGGAAGGUUCUGGACUUUCAUUUUGAGGAUGACAGAUGAACAAAGAUGAAACAUCAAGGAACAGAUGUCCAUGAGGAAACCGAGGCCCGCAGGGACUGCCCAGUCCAAGGGCAUCAGCAGCAGAGCUCGGACUCCGAUCCUGCGCCUGCCUGUCACCGCCAUCUUGUGCUGCCUGUCCUGGAACGUGCGGUCAUGGCCAUGGAGUGGGUCGCUGCUCUCAGGCCCAGGGUGCACGGGUCCCCACUGUGCUCCGUGGAGCCAUGGGGAGUCAGCUGUAGCCAGGUGACACAGCACCUGGCUGAGAGGGAUUUCAGAGGGAGCCUGGACAUAUACUUUGCGGUGUUUCCAGAUGGGGGUGGGGCUUUGCAGCAUUAAAAUGGUUAAGGCGGGAAAUACUUUAGGCUAAAGACAAAAUGUUGGGCUGCUGCUAUCUCUGCAGAGUUUGGGAGCCUUGUGUUGAUGACACUGUGCAUCUC